AUGCAGGAUUUGAGACGAUAUAGAGUUCAUGCAGGUGGUAGAAGAGGAAGAGGUCGAAGAAGGAACAUGAAAGGUCAGUUCACGAAAGUGAAUCAAAGAGAUGAUAAUUGCUCUGAUGUUUCAAAGAUUCCAAAGAAAGAGGUCAGAACACAAUCUAACAAAGAUAUGAUUGAGAAUAAUGCAAAUUGUAAGGAAGACCCAGUUGCUCAUCAGUUGAACAGUUUUGGUAAAUCAAUUACAGUAGGCAAAGUUGAAGAAGAGUUGACAAACAGAAAUGUAGAUCACCAUCUAUACAUACAUUCUAAUGAGGGUGCAUGUGCAACAGAUGAAAUUUGUAAACAUAUGUCUAGUAAAGAAACCAUGAACAUCCCAGAUAGAGUAAGCCAAGUUGAAUUACAGAUCGAUCUUGAAGAAAAUGAGAGUGAUAGUGAUAUUGACAUUGACACACCUAUCAAACGCAAUCGUGGGAGAAAUUGUAUAGAAUCUGAUUCAGACACAAAUGUUGAAGAUGACAUCAUACUGAUCAGUUCAUUUGAAAGUGAAAGGUCAUGUCAGUGUAUUGAUACACAGCAUGUACGUGAUGAAACAUGUCAUGAUGAAAUUGUCCCAGAUGCAGGAUUGAAUAAAAAUACAGACAAUGCAAUUUUGAAUGCAGAGGAUGAGUCUACUGAUGAUUGUUUUGCGCAAAAUACCUUGGAAUCUCAUAUGAAAGCAGCAAUUGUUCAGGAAAGAAAAGAAGAUGAUAUGCAUCCUUCUUCCAAUGAAUCAAGAGACGAAGUAGAGUUUGUAUCAGAUCUUGGAAUGUGUGAUAGGCCAGACAAAUCUUUUAAAUUUUUACCUCUUGAGAUAACUGACAAACAAGCCAUUUGUAAAAAAUUGAAUAUUCCCUAUACAGACGGAAGCUUCCAUGCAAGGUCCAAUAGCAAUGAGUGCAUCGGAAUUCCUUCACACAUUAAAACAAUAGCUGAUGAUGGAAACUGUUUCUUUCGUGCAAUUUCAUAUGCUAUUUCUGGAACUGAAUGUCAUCAUGUAAUUCUAAGGAAUUUUACUGUGAACCAUUUAUUACAGACCAAUGAUAAGUUUAAGAGUACAUUGAGAAGUGAGUUCAGAACUGUCAGAGAAUAUGUUUUGAAAAAUAGAAUAAUGGAAAAUGGAACUUGGGCUACAGACACUGAAAUGAGUGCAUUGGCAAAUUUGAUUGAUACCGAUAUCUAUUCUUACAAUGAUCAAGUACCAUGUUGGCAGUUGUACUCUGCAAGGAAACCGGGAAGAAUAAAUGUUGUUACAUCUCAUAAAGGCAUUUAUAUACAGUACACAAGAAAUGUUCAUUUUCAUGUAGUUGAAUCCGUUACUUCUGUCAGUAGUGAUUUAUCAAAGAACAUAGCAACAAUGAAAGAUAUAAACACAACAGUAAACAUGCAAAUAAAACCAGUUGCACAAGGAACAUUUCAUCAAGGUGAUAUGAGAUUUGGUGAUUCAGCAGGAAAGCAAUGUGUUGCCAAUUCAUUGUCUGCUUUGUUGUAUAGCAAAAUGAAAAAUGCUAAUGAUUGGGACAAUAAAGAUUUAGAUAAAAUUCUGGCCAAUGGUGAUGAACUCUAUCGUUACAUAAGGUAUUAUGUAGCACGUGAACAAGAAUAUCUAUUAAUUUCUGAUCUACUUGAACACUUAGAGGCAUAUGAUGAGUUGUUUGAGAUAAAGCGACGUGAAUCAAUACCUGGAUUGUUAGAAGGAGAUGAAACAAAAUUGGAAGAAUCUAUUUCAAUGCCAUUGAAACAGGCACUUGAACAAGAAUUGAAUUCUGACUCUGAUGCAUGUUUUGUGACAUUUUCUGGAAAUACUUUUAUUGUCAUAUCUAGUUAUGAUUGUUUCUUUAUAUUUGAUUCACAUUCAAGAAACACAAGAGGCUUACUCGUUGAAGAUGGCUAUAGUGUAGUGCUUCAAACUCCAAGUUGGCAAGGAAGUGAGGAAUAUCAUCUUAUCAUUAGGCAAGCUAUCCUUACACAUCUCAUGGAAAAUGAAGAUAGGUUUGUUGGAUUCUUGAGAAUGGGUUACUCUAGUAUUUCACACUAUGUCUCAAAUAACAUUAUUGAGGAAAGUGGUACAUGGGCAACUGAAAUGGAAAUUGUGGUUUUAGCUAAUUUGAUUGAAACUGACAUUUAUGUAUAUGAUGAAGACCGGUUAAAAUGGAGUUUAUUUUCUGGUAAAAAUGUUCAAAUAGGAAAGGAAACAACUACAAAUGGUGUUUAUUUAAGAAAUACUCAUGGCAUCCAUUAUGAUGUUGUUAUGUCAGUGCAAUCAUGUGAUUCUAGUUUUCCAUGUAAUGAAACCACAAAUACAUGUAUAAGUAGCUGUGCAAAUGACAAAGAAAGAAAAUAUGCUAGAGUAAACAAUGUUAAAAUAUCUGAUUUAUCAACGAAAAGACGUAGAAGUAAGAAAAGUUAUAGUGUAAUGAAGGAUAUAAAAAAGAAACAAAAAAGAGAAGAGCGGAGUUUUACGAAAAAAAAAGAUAUGGAUAUAGAAAAGCUUGUUAAUUAUGAGGAUUUGAAGAAAAUGAAAAAAUAUGAGGAUGACGGACAAAGGGGAAAAAUGACUUAUGAUCGCAACAAAAAAUAUCAUACUGAUUCAACUUAUCGAAUAACACUUCUCAAUUCGUUGAAUGAAAAGUAUAGAUUAAAUAAAGUAUUUCGUGAAAAUAGGAAAGAAACAACAAGAAAAUGCUAUCAGACAAAUGAACAAUUCAAGCAAUCACAGAAGAGUAGGAUGAGAAAUACUAUGAGAAGUAAAUAUCACUCUGAUGAACAGUUUAAGCAAUCACAGAAGAGUAGGAUGAAAAAUACUAGGAGAAUUAAAUAUCACUCUGAUGAACAGUUUAAGCAAUCACAGAAGAGUACGAUGAAAAAUACUUGGAGAAUUAAAUAUCAGUGUGAUGAACAGUUUAAGCAAUCAGAGAAGAGUAGGAUGAAAAAUACUAUGAGAAGUAAAUAUCACUCUGAUGAACAGUUUAAGCAAUCACAGAAGAGUAUGAUGAAAAAUACUAGGAGAAUUAAAUAUCAGUGUGAUGAACAGUUUAAGCAAUCAGAGAAGAGUAGGAUGAAAAAUACUAGGAGAAUUAAAUAUCAGUUGGAUGAACAGUUUAAGCAGUUACACAGAAAUAUAAUGAGAAAUAAAUAUCAGAAAGAUGGUAGUUUUAAACAAAAGAAAUUGCUGAGUUUAAAAAGUAAGUACCAAAAAAACAAGAGUUAUAGAGAACAAGUAAAAAAACACAACAUUAAGAGAAAUGUAAAGAAAGAAUUGGAAAUGUCUCAGUUUGACAAUGUUUUGCAAGAAUUUCGGAAGAUUAUCAGUCAUGGCCCAGAAUAUGUUUGCUGUGUGUGCCUUAAACUUCUUUUUGAAAACCAAGUUAUGAAAUGCAAUAAAAGUAAAUAUAAAUUACAGACAUGUAUCAGUGAAAAGUAUUUGCAUGUUUGCAACUCAACAUGUCGAUUAGAAUGCCAGAUAGGCCAAUCAGUGAGAUCAUCCCUGUGGAUAUGUUACACUUGUCAUAGAAAGUUACAAUGUGGAAAGGUCCCAGCAGAAGCACAUACUAAUAAUUUGCAUUUACAUGAAAUUCCAGAAGAACUUGCUAAUUUAAACACUCUAGAGCAACAUUUGAUUGCACUUAAUAUUCCUUUCAUGAAAAUGAUGUCAUUGCCAAAAGGUGGUCAAAAUGGAGUUCAUGGCCCAGUUGUUUGUGUUCCUUCAAAUACCAUUAAAACUGUACAGAUUUUGCCUAGACCCGAGACAGAAGAUCAGCUGAUACGUGUAAAGUUGAAAAGGAAGUUGUCUUUUAAAAGUUAUUAUGAGUAUAAGUUUGUAGAUAAAUCAAAAUUAUUGAAUGCAUUAAGUUAUUUGAAAAUGAAUAAUAAGUAUUAUCGUGAUGUUUUAGUUAAUGAUGAAUGGGAAAAUUCAAUGGAAAAGAAUGAAGAAGACAAUGAAAGUGAAGAAGUAUCAUCAUUGUGUGAUAUAUCUAAUUCAAAGAAAUUUAGGAGAAGAAUUUUGGACUCAUUAGAUGAAUACUUCUCAAAAGAUGAAAAUAUAAUUGAAAGUUCACAUGGAAAAAAGAAAGAAAACAGUGUCCCAGUCAAUAAUAAACCAAAUGAUGAAGAUGAUGAUGAUGUUGAAGAAAGAUUAAAUGGGAUUCACUUAAAUUCAUGUCUGCAACCCGCUGACAUUGGACAGGAAAUUUUAGAUCAGUAUUUUGACGAUAUAAUAUGUUGUGCUCCAUGUGAAGGAAAAAGCCCUGUAUCAGUACUGCAAGAUGAAACCAAUGAGGCCAAAUGUUUUCCUGUAUUGUUUCCUCAAGGUCAGCCUACUUUUCAUGAUAAAAGAAAUGAAAAGCUAACAUUGGGACGAUAUUUACACAAUCGACUAAUGCAUGUUGAUAACAGGUUCGCACAAAAUACAGACUUUAUCUUUUAUGCACAGUAUAUUUAUGAAAUUCAACAAGUUUUGUCGCAAGUUUCUAUUGCAUUGAGACAAAGUAAGAAUACCAAAGAUAACCUUUCACCGAUAACUGCCAAGGAUUUGAAAGAUGCAGAAAAAAUUCAGAAUAUUUUAAAAGCAGACAAAGGAUAUAAAUUUUUAAAACAAAUUCGUGGAACACCUCCUUACUGGCAAAAGACACAAAAAGAUGUAUUGGCAAUGGUAAGGCAACUUGGAAAACCUACAUGGUUUGCUUCAUUUUCAUGUGCAGAUAUGAGAUGGCCAGAAUUAUUAAAUACUUUAUUAUGUCAGACUGGAGACUCAAGAAAAUUGAGUGAAUUAGAUUGGGCAGAUAAGUGUAAACUUAUAAGAUCAAAUCCAGUAACCGUUGCACGAAUGUUUGAUCAUAGAUUUCAUAUGUUUAUGAAUAAAGUGAUUAUGUCUACAGCUGCACCAGUAGGUCGUUGCAUAGACUAUAUUGAAAGAAUCGAGUUUCAGAGUCGCGGAAGUAGUCACGUACAUUUAUUGAUGUGGGUAGAUCAAGCACCGCAAUUAGGAAUUGAUAAAGACGAUGAUGUUACACAAUUCAUAGAUAAAUACAUUUCUUGCCGGAAACCUAAUAAGGAAGAAGAUCCAGAACUCUAUGAAAUAGUUAGCUCUGUACAACAGCAUAGCAAAAAACAUUCUAAAUCAUGCAAAAAGAAAGGAACUACAUGUAGGUUUAAUUUUCCAAGGCCACCUUCAGAGAAGACCUUUAUCAUAAAACCUGUUGAGGAUACAGAAGUGAAAGAUAAAAAAACAAAGCAAAAAAAUAACAAUGAGACCGAGGGGAAAAAAUCUGAAAAAACAAGGAGGAUAGAAGAUGCAAAACAAUUAUUGAAUAGUGUAAAAGAUGCAUUAUCUGGCGGGACUGAAUAUAACAGUGUCAGAGAUCUUUUUGAAAAAUUGGGUAUAACACAAAACCAGUUUGAAAGUGCACACAACGAGAUUGCUUCACAGGAAAGUGUGAUCAUCCAAAGAGAACCACAAGAUGUAUGGGUAAAUCAAUAUAAUCCAGAAUUACUUAGAGCUUGGAAUGCAAAUAUGGAUUUGCAAUAUGUUACUAAUGCAUAUGCAUGUGUAACUUACAUUGUGUCUUAUAUGUCUAAGGCCGAACGUGAAAUGGGAAUGCUUUUGAGUCAUACCUUAUCGGAAAUGGAAGAAGGAAAUACAGAUGCAAAACAAAGUAUGAAAAAACUAGGUCAAGCUUACAUGCAUAAUCGCGAAGUGUCCGCUCAAGAAAGUGUCUAUCGUGUUUGUAGUCUUCGAUUAAAAGAGAGCUCUAGAAAAGUAGAAUUCAUACCUGUUGGACCUGAUCCAGUUAGAAUGAGUUUACCAUUAAGUGUCAUUAAUAACAGACCAGAAUGUGAUGAUGAUGAAGAUAAUAUCUGGAUGCCAAGCAAACUUGACAGAUAUAAAGCCAGGCCUAAAACCAAAAGAUUUAGUGCUAUGUGUCUUGCAACGUUUUGUUCGCAAUAUCGAAUUUUAACAAAAUCACAAAUUACAAAUACAUGUAAAGAAAAUAUCUUUAAAUUGGAUAAAAAUUUGGGAUAUGUUCAAAAACGUACACGUGGAAAAGAUGCAGUUGUAAGAUACCCUCGAUAUUCUGUUGUUGUUUCACCUGAAAAGUAUUUCCUUAGCAUUUUACAGCUCUUUUUUCCACACUAUGGUGAUGAACAUCUAAAGCCUCCAGGUUUUGAGUCAUAUCAAAAUUUCUAUGAAACAGGUGUUGUGAAGAUACAUGGCUCAGUACAAAAAGUUAGUUUGAUUGUCUGCACAAAUCGAAAGAAAUUUGAAAUAAAUGCUGAAUCAAUAGAUCAAGCUCAAGCACAUUUAGAAGAAUUUGGUGUACAGGAAGAUGCCUGGAGUCUUUUAUGUCCUGAAAGUGAAGUAGAACGUCUUGAGCAUCCAAAGCAAAAUAUAGAUAUGGAAGAUUGUGACGAAAAUCUUGAUAUUCCUGAUUUGAAAAAUGAUUCUAAAGCAGAAACUUACAGUUUAGAAUUACGAUCAUCAAAAAUAUCUAAAACAGAAAGACAUGGUAUGAUAAGAAAUUUGAAUGAAACACAAAUGCUUGUCUUUUAUAAAAUACGAGAAUGGUGUUUAAAUAAAGUUAAUGGAAAAUUGAUAGAACCUUUUCAUGUAUUUAUUACUGGUGGUGCUGGAACAGGAAAGAGUCAUCUAGUCAAAUGUCUUUAUUACGAAUCUACUCGUAUACUGGCCAGAAUAUUACAUUAUCCUGACGAUAUUUCAGUGUUAAAAAUAGCCCCUACAGGUGUAGCAGCUUAUAAUAUCAAUGGUCAUACUAUUCACAGCAUCUUGUCAAUUCCAAUUAGAGCUCAAAUGCCUUAUCAGCCCCUAAGUGAAGAGAAAAUAAGUGCUCUCCGUAAUAAACUAGCACAGUUGCAAAUUCUUAUUAUUGAUGAGGUAUCAAUGGUAGAUCAAAAGUUAAUGUAUUAUAUUCAUAGUCGACUACGACAAAUCAAACAAUCUCGAGAUGAAACUCCUUUUGGUGGUGUAUCUGUAAUUGCUGUUGGAGAUAUGUAUCAGUUACCACCUGUGUUUGGCAAUCCUUUAUAUAAAGAUAGUCUUCAAGGGGUAUUAUGGAAUGAUAAUUUCAAAAAAAUAGAACUUGAACAGAUAAUGAGACAAAAGGAUGAUACAGAAUUUGCACUUUUAUUGAAUAGAUUACGUAUAAAAGAACGUAAUGAUGUUCUUAAUGAUAAAGACUUAUCAAUGCUAAAAUCUUGUGAAACAGGUGAAGAAUGUGAGGAUGCUUUGCACAUUUAUUCAUGUAACAAAGAAGUAGAUGAAUGGAAUAAGAAAUUAUUGCAUAAAAAAUGUGCAAAUGUAAUUUGUUUAAAAGCAGAAGACACUGAGAAAGAUGCAAAGAAUGGAAGUAAAAUUCGUGAAAAACCUGUGACACGUUGUAAAAGCCAGUUACCUAAUUAUUUGUGGAUUGCUGUUAAUGCAAGGGUCAUGUUACUUAAAAAUAUUGAUGUUAGCAAAGGUCUUACAAAUGGGUGUUUUGGAAAUGUUACUGAAAUAAUCAAAUCAAAUUCUAACACAAUUUCCAUCAAAGUAAACUUUGACAAAGAAAAUGUUGGUAUUCAUUCUAUUGAACGAUGUGAAGAAUUUUUGGGUAAAAAAUAUUCAAGGAAACAGUUUCCACUUAAACUUGCUUACGCAUGUACAAUACAUAAAGUACAGGGUUUGACGUUAGACAAAGCUGUUGUAUCAUUGAAAAGAAUAUUUGACUCUGGACAAGCAUAUGUAGGCCUUAGUCGUGUUUCUUCAUUAGCUGGACUUACAUUGGAGAAUUUCAAGCCACAAAAUAUACAUUGUAAUCCUGAAAUCAAAGAAAGAAUGAAAAACAUGAAAGUAUUCCUUGAAAAUGUUGAGAAUGAAAAUGAUGAUAGCUAUAACUUUACAUUGAUUUUACACAAUAUACAAGGAUUAAAACAACAUUUCAUUGAUCUUCAGUCACAGUGUCAAUUUAUGAAUGCAGACAUCAUUUGUUUGACUGAAACAUGGAUUAAUGAUGACGACAUCUAUGACGUUAAUAUACAGGAUUUUAAAUUUUAUCAUCAGCCACGCCAUCAUUCAUACAAUGAAUCUGGUAUAUUACACAAAUUUAAAGACCAAUCACAUGGUGGUGUUGGAAUUUACAAUAAAAGGCAAACUUCAAGUAGAUUAGAUAUAUGUAUAGAUAAUUUAGAAUUUAUUGCAACUGUUCUUAUGGAUCCAAUUUCAAUUGUUAUUUCAGUGGUAUAUCGACCUCCAUCUUACAAUAUAACAUCGUUUUGUGAAAGUUUAGUGUUGGCGUAG